CUCCGGGUCCAGGCGCCGAGCAUCUUCCUCUCCUUCCUCCUCCUCUUCCUCUUCCUCUCCCCGUGGACCCUGGCCGAGGAUCGCAGCCCGGAGCGCCGGUGCCGCCUGCCGUGCGAGUGUCCCGCCGAGCCGCUCGCCUGCGCGCCGGGCGUGCCGCGUCUGGACGGCUGCUCUUGCUGCCUGACCUGCGCCCGUCAGCGCGGGGAGAACUGCUCCGAAGCGACGCCCUGCGAUGAGAGCGCCGGCUUGUACUGCGACCGCGGGGCGGGAAGGGAAGGCGGCCUGGGCGUCUGUAUGGACCUUGAAGGAGACAACUGUGUUUUUGAUGGGAUUAUUUAUCGAAGUGGAGAGGCCUUCCAGCCCAACUGUAAAUACCACUGUACCUGCAGGGAUGGGCAGAUCAGCUGUGUGCCCCUCUGCAAUGUUGAUUUGUUGCUUCCUGGCCCUGAAUGCCCCUUCCCAAGGAAAGUUGAAGUUCCCAAGGAAUGCUGUGAACAGUGGUCAUGUGAUCCUAACACAGAGGACACCGCAGGCUUUGCAAUGGAAGGAUUCAGACAGGAAGCUACCUUGGGGGCUGAAGGUUCUGACUCCGGUUCUAACUGCAUUGAGCAGACAACGCAAUGGAGUGCAUGUUCCACCAGCUGUGGCAUGGGAGCCUCUACCAGAGUCACCAACAAGAACCCAAUGUGUGAGAUGGUGAAAGAGGUGAGGCUAUGUGAAGUGCGCCCCUGUGGAAGGAGUCCACCACCUGAUAAGAAAGGGAAAAAAUGCCUCCGAACUAUAAGACCUCCCGCUGCUUUCCAUCUGGAGUACCAGAACUGCACCAGCAUCCAGAUGUAUAAACCCCGUUACUGUGGCAUCUGCAAUGAUGGACGGUGCUGCACGCCACACACGACAAAAACAAUCCAGGUGGAAUUCCGUUGCCCUCAAGGCAACACCAUCCAACAUCCGGUGAUGUCCAUUAUUAGCUGUGUGUGUCACAAUAACUGUCCUCAGAAUGCAAACGCUUUUGUGUGGAAGCUCAGUUGAAGGAGCCGCUCAAAAAAAUCACCAGAUUAGCCUCCUGAUGCUUUAAUGUAACACGUAUCUUCUCUUUUGUGUGUGUGGGGGGGAGGGGAGAGCAGAAGGGUCAGAUGUUUUGAUUCCCAAUCCCGUCUAUCAUUUGAUUUCUAGAUAAACCAGUUCAGUUCCUGUGAGAUUGUUAUUAUUUUUUUUGAAAUCAUGCUUGCUUCAAACAACAUUGUGUCAUUAAAAUAUUGUCACUUGGGAAGUGUGCAGCUUUUCUUUCUUAGCAGUUUCUCCUUUCUUAUUGCCCUGUAGUCACAUUCCAUGUUUGACCUUAAUGGAUGCAAGAUGCUUGUAAUCUAGUAUGCUUUCUUGCUUGAUGUUUAUUACAGCCAGGAAUCAGGGAUGGGUUCCGGCUUCUAUUACUGCCAGUUCGCUCAGGGACAUGCUUUGUGCGCUUGCAUGCUCAAUGUGCUCUAAGCGCGUAUGCGCAGUAGUAAAAAAUGCUUCUGCGCAUGUGCAGAAGCAAAAAACAAGAUGGGGCGCCUACGGCUCUGCCGAUAGAACCAAUUUGGGGGCAUGACCGGCUGAGUUACUACCUACUCAACCGAACCGGUCCGAACCAGUAGGAACCCACCUCUGCCAGGAAUUGGGCACUUUAGAGUUGAAAUCCUCUCUACCAAGAAAAGUGUUACUUGGGUUAGCCAGAAAAACAUAC